AUGGCCCCCAAGAUCGCUAUCGUCUUCUACUCUCUCUACGGCCACGUUGAGAAGCUGGCCCAGGCCGAGCUCAAGGGUAUCCAGGCUGCCGGCGGUACCGCCGACAUCUUCCAGAUUGAGGAGACCCUGUCCGAAGAUGUCCUCGCCAAGAUGCACGCUCCCCCCAAGUCCUCUGUGCCCGUCCUUGAGAAGCCCGACCAGCUCCUCGAGUACGAUGCCGUUCUCUUCGGUAUCCCCACCCGUUACGGUAACUUUCCUGCCCAGUGGAAAGCCUUCUGGGACCGCACUGGUGGUAUCUGGGCAACCGGUGGUUUCUACGGCAAGUAUGCUGGUCUCUUCAUCUCCACCGGUACCCUCGGUGGUGGCCAGGAGUCCACUGCUAUCGCUGCGAUGAGCACCCUCACCCACCACGGUUUCAUCUACACCCCUCUUGGCUACAAGACCGCUUUCCCUCUCCUCUCCAACCUCACCGAGAUCCAUGGUGGAUCCCCCUGGGGUGCCGGUACUUUCGCUGGCGCCGACGGCUCCCGCCAGCCCACUGAGCUCGAGCUCGAGCUUGCCGAGACUCAGGGCAAGUCCUUCUACGAGCACGUUGCCCGUGUCAACUUUGCUUGA